AUGACGAAAGACGAGGCGACCGGCCGGACGGGUUGCUUGCCGGUAGCCGAGAACCACGGCCGUGGUGUCGAUGACGACGAGCACGGCGUUGUGGAGGGCCCGUGCACGAAGAUCCAUCGACUCGAUCAGUUCUUCUGUCAACCCGAUACCCUUCGAGGCUCCCGCAUCAGCCCGAAAUGGACUUGUGCUGCUAUUCAUAGAUUCUUCAAACUAUGCCCGAGUCUGAGAGACCCUGAACACCCCAGUAGGCUGAUUUCCGUAGAGAUCCAAGCGCCUCCAAUAGAAAUUCAAAAACCGGAAAAGGCGUUCGACUACUUGCGGGUGUGA